AUGGAGCGCAGUUUCUAUACUUUCGAAGUCUAUUGUUCCCUAUUUGGACAAUCGGAGACUCCAUUGCCACUGGAUGAUGAGUUGGAGACAUUUUUCAAACGAUUUGCGCCGUGGGAAAAUGAGCAGCUCGCUUGCGUCCAUGAUUUUCUGGUUGAUGAACUUGAGCCAGCUUUCAAGGAAGUAGCCGCGCAUGACGUUAAGUUUGGCGACCUUUCUAUCCCCUGGGCCGAGAACGAUAACUCUUGGCUACAAGGCUACGUAUGUCUCGCAUGGGCUCAAAUUUCUCGAACAAGUGACCACUGCUUCCAAUCACGAAGAACGGCACCGUCUGCUAGACGAACACCUUUCACUCGCCAGCAGUGGUCCGGUUUGAUUGAAUGUCUGCUUGAUUCGAAUGAGCUUUACCCCGAAGAGACAAAUGAACUUGACGAGCAGGCUAUGGUUAAAUUGCGACAUUUGCCAAGCCAAUACAACUCAUUCGAUCCUAACCCUGGGCCAGCAGAGAUAUGGUUUCAAGCCCAGGAAGGGGAUGAUAGCGGACAGUACGUAGCUGCCCCACCUCAUCGGACCAGUAGGAAGAUCGGUUACGUGAUGAUGGAUGCUUCGCGGAAACAAGAUAUGGCUCGCUUUGACGGGCCUCAGAAGUCUAUGGCUUGGGAUACAUUUGAUGACGAGAAGGUUGCCCAGGAAUAUUCACAGCAGUUGAGAUCGUUUGAGGGCCACAAUGAAGCACUCGCCUUGGUCAAUGUGAAUCUAUCCACUCCCGGGUCAGUCUCUGGCGAAAAUGGCGUUGGUGCAGGAUGUGGGUCCAAUGAGCUCCAAAAGAAAGAGGAUUUGCGGCGCGCAAAGGAACUUGUCAAUCUCCAUUAUGAAGUCAAAUCAAGGCAUGCAAAUGGGAAAGUGGACGAUGGGCUCCAAAAAGCCAGAGAAGAUGUGGCUGAGGUCUUUCGAGAGUUAUCAUGA